AACCACACCUGUGUGGAAGCACCUGCAUUCAAUAUACUUUGUAUCCCUAAUUUAUACUCACGUUUUUAUAUUAUUUUGGCAGUUAACUGUCCAUCUCCCACCAUACAUUAUAAUCUAUAGUAUGUGAGUGCAGAGGUAGGCUAUACUGUACACUAGGCCGAGGUCCGCCUUGUCUGUACAUCAUCCACGGGAAAGGGAGGGUUAACCAGGCAGCGUCUCCUCCCUCUUUGCGACCUAGACGGUGACGGACCCAGGUGACAGUUCACGGUGCAGACCCCGGGCAUCUUCUGAGGUUUCUGAAACGUAGCGGGGUGGGGUCCCUCUGAUGCGCAACAAUUAAGCCGAUCCAGACCGCGAAUGCAAUGGGCUCCACACAGCAAAUUCAGUCUAUUUCAACUUAAAUUAUAUUAGCUGUGCAGAACUAGUAGCCUACUUAAUUUGUAUUAUAAAGCUCUUCAAUUUGUAACCAUCUAGUAAGCAUCGUAGGAUUUCUGAAAAAAAGAGACAUAGGUAGACACGUACAUUUUCCUGACUGGACAGAAUUUGAGUGGGCGCAGGGAGCAUCAUUUCCCCGUCUCGGGUCCGUGAGUAGGACGUUCAUUCAGGACUCUCUCAUUAGUAGCCUAACACUUUGAUUCAGAUUUUAAGUGCAUAGGUUAUUAUAUAUCCAUCGUUGAUUAUGGCCUGGCCGUGCAUCACACGGGCUUGCUGCAUUAACCGCUUCUGGAGUGAGUUAGACAAAGCGGAUAUCGCCGUGCCUUUGGUUUUCACGAAAUAUUCGGAUGUGGCCGAGGUGCAACACCUCCAUCCUCAGCCUCCAUCUAGACAGAAGAGGACCGGCCCCAUCACCAUAGAAACCCAGCCUUCUCACAGUGAACAGGAGGCGGCGGCGGCCAAGGCACCGCCCGCGACUGGUGCCGCAUCAGGAAAACAUGCCUGUAGUGCGUCCGUGAUGCGCCAGGAUUUCAGGGAAUGGAAAGAUAUACGCCCGGAGCCCAGCUGCAAACCCAAGAAUGAAUAUCACCCCUCGGCGACCCCUUUCAACAACGUAACCCAGUAUCAGAAGGAUUAUAAGCCAUGGCCUGUCCCGAAAAAGGGAGACCACCCCUGGAUCCCCAAACCCAGCCCAACUGCCUCCUCCGGUGCACAAGAAGGAGGUGUGGGGACCAAAUUGGAGCAUGCAUCCACAGAGACCGAGAGCGGUGUGGAGAAGAGUGAAAUUGAAGAAAAGGUGCAAGAGAAAGAAUCCAAAGAGAGGAAAAAGAAACCAGUGAAGAAGGAGAAGACUGUAGAGAAGAAAGUGAGUGCCAAAAUGGAGGGACAGCCACCGGCAGAUGUCACUGUGGAGGGGAAAGGAAGGGCAGCAGCAGACGCGCUGAACAGACAGAUAAAACAGGUCGUCUCAACUGGCACUGGCAGCUCUUAUAGGAAUGAGUUCAAGGCGUACAAAGACGUGAAACCAGUGAAGUCAACCAAGCCCCAGUUUCAGUACAAACCGCCUGUGGAUGACAAGGACAAGACCAGCCUGGAGACCAGCUACAGCGCCACCUACAAGGGGGAGCAGGCUAAGGUGCAGCCCACUGACAACAAGCUGCUGGAGCGCAGGAGGAUACGCAGCCUGUACAACGAGCCGGGCGGCAAGGAGACCACCAAGGUGGACAAGACAAAAACCAAACCAAAAAAGACAUCAACAACAACGAGCAAAAUGGUGAAAAAGGCGAAAGAGAAGACCAUCGCUGGUGCACUGUCAACCAAGAAGAAAACCUCCACGAGCACCAAGCCAGACGAGUCCAAACCAGAGGGAGGCGUUAUCUCAAAGAAGAGCAAAGAGAUAAGCAAUAGACUGGCUGAGGCAAAAAAGUAAAAACAAAACAUCUCUGCACUACUUUAUUUAGGGAAUUUAAGGCUGCCUAAUGAAUUAGAGGACUCUCAUCCAUUUGGUCUAUCUCUUUCUCUCUGUCUUUUCCUUCCUGUUCUUCAUCUCUGUGUAUACUCACUAGAUGUGGAGCUUUUAAGUUGACAUUUUGACGUCUUCACCAUGCUGUCGUUGAACUAUAAUGCUUUGCGUGUGUCUGUGUGCGCGCGGUUGCGUGUGUGCGCAUGUGUGCGAGUGUGCACUUCCUCUCUCUAUUAAAAGUUCAGCACAUUUUUUGCACGUUA